AAAAUAUUUCUUCUAACCAGUAUUUCUGCACAAUACAAUCAGCGCAUAAUUGCAAUCAACCUACAAAGAGCAGCAUUUCGCGCCGGCCACGAAAAGAGAAUAGAACGGAAGAGCUGAGAAUCAAUCGGAGCCAUCGCUGGCGAUGGACAUGUUUACUGUACUAUUACUAACCGACACUUUCCUUCUCCGUUGAGAUUGCAAACAGCAUUCACUCGUCCAAUUAUUUUAUUAUUCUACCAGCUCCGCACUUCUUAUCGUUUUUACGCUCCAUUGCCGCCAUUCUGUUCUUCGCGCCGCGCACAACAAUUCUGAUCGACAAUUGCUUUAUUAUUUUAUUAUUCUUAUUUUUCAUUCGCAUGUGAAGCGUCGAGCUUGUUCAUACAAAAUUGGGUCGGAUUAUUUUCGUGGCGCAGUAUUAAUCUCAUUCGAAGAUGCAGUAUCUCGUCUAUUCGCCGCUGCUCCUAUCAGUAUUAAUCCAAGUCAGCCAGGCUAUCCAAUGCUUCUCCUGUCUGUCCAACGAGGCCGCCGGGAAGUUCUGCCGGAAGGUGUCGGAAGCGCAGAUCAUCACGUGUCCCAACGAUGCCACGUGGUGUAACGCCCUCGUCUUCCUCAAGAACGGAAAGGUCAACGUCAACCGGGGCUGCUCAGGGAGUGUCUCCAGUUGGGGCUUUGGCCGCUCCGAAUGCGACAUUAUGUCGGCGGAGCCGCUGAUGGACGUGGGCGUGGCCUUCUACCAGUGCCGCGGCGACGCCUGCAACAACAUCGAGCCGGCUGACGGCGCUCCGACCAAGUCCGACGUCGUCCUGCUGACCAAGACCGUCGAGGAGGAGACCCACUACCGCCCCGCGCCCGCUCCCAAGGCCCAGACCGACGACGACGAGGAGAGCUACGGGCCGCGCCGGACCACCACCACCACGACGCAGAAGCGGGUGAAUACCACGCCACGGUCGUACCCCGAGGAGAGCACCGAGGAGACCACGGAGAAGCCAAAGGUCAUCACUCCCGCGCCGGUGGUGACGUCCCCGCGGGCCCGCACCACCCCGGCGCCCGUUGAGGAGACGACGGAGGAGACCGAGUCCCCUUAUCAGCCACGGGUCACCACCAAAGCUACCCCGGCCCCGGCCACCACCGCCCCGCGGGCCCGGACGCCGGCGCCCUACCCCCAGGACUCGACGGAGCUCAAGGAGGAAGAGGACACCGAGGCGCCCAGCUACAAACCGGCGCCCAAGACCACCACCACCACCACGACGACAACCACCACCAAGCGACGCCGACCGGAUUACGGAGCGACGGAACUGAUCGACACCGGCGUGACGGAAGUCAAAUUCCGACCCACCGCCCGCCGAAGGGUGGCCUUCGACAGAAGAUAGAGUGUCUGAGCCGCUUGAUUGAUUUUGUUGGAAUGUUGAUACUGAUACGCCGACGCAGUUACCUGUUGAAUGUGGGCUGUUUUCUGUAACUAGUGAAAGCAUGCUUUCUGUUUCUGGAGUAAUGAGAAACUGAGAAUGGAAAAUGGAUCUAGUAAAACGUGCGCCUGCGGCGCUGUCAUUAAUAAUUGAAUACACGA